UGGCUGUUCCGCACCCCGCACAGGCCACUUCAUCCCCAUUGUUGUGAUCUGCUGUGGUAUAAAUGCGGACUGGUCUCUGUUUAUCAGGACAAACCGGGACAUUACUUUAAGGAGAAAAAAAACCCACCAAGGAUCAUUUAAAAUCUUUUGUUGAUUUGAUUUGUAGCCUUGCUUGUUGACUGCAAGCUCAUCGGGUUCCUUAAUUAUUAUUUUUUUAUUUAUAUAUUUUUGCAGCUGCUCUCACAACUCACGCAUCAGUACCACUCUUUAACAAAAUCGUCGUGCGUAAAAAGCGCGUUUCAUUGUUUUAUUUUAUUUUUUUCCAAGGACGCAAGAAUGGAAGCAGGGCGUCGGAGGUCCUGAAGUCUUCAGAGUCUCUAGUUCUGGAUCAUGGAAGUGAUCUGAAGUGUGUGCGCGCGUGUGUGUGUGUGUGUGUGUUAUGAGUGAACAGUCAGCAGUGUGAUGAUAGGAGACGCGAUGACGCUGCUGUCUCUUCUCGGUCGCAUCAUGCGUUAUUUCUUGCUCCGGCCGGAGACCUUGUUCCUCCUGUGCAUCAGCCUGGCCCUAUGGAGCUACUUCUUCCACACGGACGAGGUGAAGACCAUCGUCAGGUCCAGCCGGGACGCUGUCAAGAUGGUCAAGGGCAAAGUGGCCGAGAUGAUGAUGAUGCAGGACAUGAACGGCGGCGGCCUACAAGUGAUGGAAGGGGAGUUCUCCAAGACUUGGGGCUUCAAGAGCCACAACGUGGCCGUGUAUUCCAUCCAGGGCCGCAGAGACCACAUGGAGGACCGCUUUGAGGUGCUCACAGACCUCACCAACAGGAGCCACCCGUCCAUAUUUGCCAUUUUUGACGGCCACGGUGGCGAGGCUGCUGCUGACUACGUGAAGGCUCACCUGCCCGAGGCUCUGAGGCAGCAUCUGCAGGCUUACGAGCGCGAGAAGAAGGACAGCCAACUCUCGUACGCCUCCAUCCUGGAGCAGCGCAUCCUCGCAAUAGACCGAGACAUGGUGGAGAAGUUCUCCGCCUCACACGAGGAAGCAGGCACUACGUGUUUGGUGGCGUUACUCUCUGAUCGAGAGUUGACGGUGGCGAACGUGGGCGACUCACGUGGCGUGUUAUGCGAUAAAGAUGGUAACGCUGUGGCUUUAUCUCACGACCACAAGCCCUAUCAGUUGAAGGAGCGCAAGAGGAUCAAACGCGCAGGGGGAUUCAUCAGUUUCAACGGCUCGUGGAGAGUGCAGGGUAUCCUGGCCAUGUCACGCUCUCUUGGCGACUACCCCUUGAAGAACCUCAAUGUAGUGGUUCCCGAUCCUGAUGUCCUGACCUUCGAUCUUGACAAACUACAGCCCGAGUUCAUGAUCCUGGCCUCGGAUGGCCUCUGGGAUGCAUUCAGCAAUGAGGAAGCGGUGCGCUUCGUCCGCGAACGCCUCGACGAGCCGCACUUCGGAGCCAAGAGCAUCGUGUUACAGUCCUUCUACCGCGGCUGCCCUGAUAACAUCACGGUCAUGGUGGUGAAGUUCCAAAGCACCAAGAACGGAGACUAGUGCUUUGUUUUUCCCUCUAGAACUUUUCUAUCCGAAUACAUGCUUCCUAAGAAUAUUGUGCCAAACGGACGACCUUUUAAACCUUUUCCGUAAUUUAACCUGACUGACGUUGACCCGAAGGGGAGGUGCCAACAAACUGGCAAUCAACCAUGCAUCUAUUUUUUUAUUUAAUAUAAAAAUAUCAAACUUUUUUGCCUGAACUUAUCAUAUGGGUCUUGAAUUAAUUACAUGGAUGCUGCUUGUGAUCUGCUAAACCCCUGUGCUUGGGUUCAAACCAAUCCUAGUGAUUAAAAUGAAUAAAAUAAAAUCACUUUGCUUUUCCAAUUUCUUCCUGGAAA